GGCUGAGAGAAGAGGCUGAAACUUCUCACAUAUGGCUUUUUUGUAGGACAGUUUUCAUCGUCAUUUGGAAUUGUGGAAGGGACGUCACUAAAAAUCACCUGAAGUCGCUCAAAAGUUUUAUUUAAUUGUCGGCGCGACCAUGGAGAUGCAAAGGUGGUCCACAAGGUGGAAAACGAAAAGGUGGCUUAUGGAUUCCACUGUAACCGCUUUCAUCACGUUAACCCUGGUUCUACAAGCUACCCAUGUCAGAGCAGCAGAGCCAGUGGACGUGCUAAAUGUAUUAGAAUUUCAAAAUUACCCCGAAGGAGUGACGAAAACAUCAGGACUUUGCACAAACCGAAGAGCAUCAAAGCCGGACUCAGCUUACAGAGUUGCCAAGCAGGUCCAGAUCAGUGCCCCCACCACGCAGUUGUUCCCUGGAGGUGUUUUUCCUGAGGACUUCUCCAUCCUGACCACAGUGCGCCCCAAAUCCGGCCUCCAGUCCUUCUUGCUGUCCAUUUACGAUGAGCAGGGAGUCCAGCAGCUGGGUGUGGAGGUGGGACGUUCUCCUGUCUUCCUGUAUGAGGAUCAGACCGGCAAGCCAGCGCCGGAGGACUACCCUCUGUUCCGUACUCUCAACCUCGCUGAUGGAAAGUGGCAUCGUGUGGCCAUCAGUGUGGAGAAGCAGACGGUCACCAUCAUUGUAGACUGUAAGAAGAAGAUCACCAAGCCUCUUCUCAGGAGUGACUAUGGCACCAUCAGCACCAACGGCAUCACCGUGUUUGGCACCAGGAUCAUGGAUGAGGACGUUUUCCAGGGUGACAUCCAGCAACUUCUGAUUGUGGCUGAUCCCAAGGCAGCAUAUGACUACUGUGAGCAUUACAGCCCCGACUGUGAAACCCCCCACGGUGAAUCUCUGCAGGCCCAGCAGCCAGAGGAUGAGUACACUACUGAUGAUUUAGAUUACUCUCAGUUCUAUGAUUACUCUGAGGGAGCUACAGACACCAUUCCAACCGAUGAGUAUUCUGAACCACAGAGAAUGAAACGUAGUGUCUCCAUGAAAAAGAAGAGGACCAGAAAGUCCCUCAGUAAAACUAAGGCCAAGCCCUUAAAGUUCUUUGCUGCCAAAAAAUCAUCAGCUAAAAAGUUGGCCGCUAAGAAGAAACAACAGAUGCCUGGCUACCAGGCCACAGCGCCAGCACGACCCAGAGGCAAUUUUAGGCCAAACAAUGUAGUGGAUUACAAUACAGACUUUGACUACGGAACUGUAGAUGAUACUCAUACUCAGUCACCCUUUGCCACGAGCGGACCACAUGAGGCUGUGGAGGAGGAUGUUGUCGGUGCAUAUGUCACCGAGGCCACAGCCAUUGCACCGGAGCCCAUUGUCCCAGAAACAGUGGACAACAUGGACACUGGUGCGGAAGCAUAUGACUUAAAGGAUUAUGACCUAAAGGAGUAUGACUUGGGCGAGGUUGACAGCAGGUUGUAUGAUUACGGGGCAUAUGAUGAGUACGGCAGGGCGGGGCCCAAACCCACGGGGACCUACCAUGAGGAGGUGGGGCCUGGGGUCGCUGCUGAAACUGACUUUUCUGAGAGCGCCGUUGCUGGAGCUGAAGGAGCCUUCGGCCAGAAGGGAGACAAGGGCGAUCCGGCUGUCAUUGAGCCUGGCAUGCUGAUUGAAGGGCCCCCUGGACCCCCAGGCCCAUAUGGUCUUCCAGGUCCCUCAGGCCUUCAGGGACCCCCAGGUCCUUCUGGAGAUUCUGGUGACAGGGGUCCUACUGGUCGUGCUGGUCUGCCUGGUGCUGAUGGCGUGCCAGGACCCCCUGGUACCAUGCUGAUGCUGCCAUUCCGUUUUGGCGGGGAUGGUGAGAAGGGUCCAGUUGUGUCAGCCCAAGAAGCCCAGGCCCAGGCCAUCCUGUCCCAGGCCAGACUGGCCAUGAGGGGACCCUCAGGGCCGAUGGGUUUGACAGGAAGAUCAGGACCAGUGGGUCUUCCUGGUUCUCAUGGACUUAAAGGUGAAGGUGGAGACCAUGGUCCUCAGGGCCCCCGUGGCAUCCAAGGGCCUGCAGGACAACCUGGCAAAGCUGGCAAGAGGGGUCGUGCCGGAGCUGACGGAUCCCGUGGAAUGCCUGGAGAGUCAGGAUCCAAGGGUGACAGAGGCUUUGAUGGACUUCCCGGCCUGCCUGGUGAAAAGGGACACAGGGGGGAGCUAGGACCAAUGGGACCCACAGGAUCUCCUGGAGAGGAUGGACAGAGAGGCGAGGAUGGAGAGAUUGGGCCACGAGGAUUAGCUGGCGAGAGUGGUCCUAGAGGUUUGCUGGGACCUCGCGGUUCUCCCGGACCCCCUGGAUCUCCUGGUGUUGCUGGAGUUGACGGACCUUCAGGUCCAAAAGGAAACAUGGGACCACAAGGAGAGCCAGGCCCACCCGGGCAGCAAGGAAUCCCUGGCACACAGGGUCUUCCUGGCCCCCAAGGCCCUAUUGGACCACCUGGGGAAAAAGGACCUCACGGCAGGUCGGGAUUGGCUGGAUUACCUGGAGCUGAUGGACCUCCUGUGCGUGCUCUUAGUAUAUCA